UAUCCCUAGACUUGACGUUAAUAAUUCAUUCAUGCAGAAUGUUCCUAUAAACUUUUAUUAAUAAAAAUUAUGAUUGGCAGUGCAAAAAUAGCAUCUCAAAAGAGAUCACAGUUUAAUUUAAUCUUGGUUUAAUCAUACUGACACAUUUUUUUCCAGUCAAAUUAUGAAAGCGUGUUUCAACUUUUGUCAUCCAGCAAAAAAAGAAAAGAAGAAGCAUCAGUCAUCCAGCGAGAGUGACGACGACUCUUCCUCAGACAGCUCCUCGGACUCAGAGGAAUCAGAGAAGGAGAAGAAACGACGUAAGAAACAUAAGAAGGAACACAAGAAAAAGAAAGAACAGAAACACAAGAAGAAAGACAAGAAAGGGUCUGAUGAGGAAGAGGCUGACCCCCAAUCCGUGUCGACCAUCCGCCCAGAGGAAGUCCCGCCCAUUCCAGAAAACCGCUUCCUAAUGAGGCGAAGCCCCCAGAAGGCCAAAGAAGAGGAGCAGGGGAAAGAAAAGCACAAGGAGGACUCUGGGAAAGACAGACAAGGAGAAAGAGACAGGGAGAGAGAGAGGGAAAGGGACAGGUAGGAUGUGAUAUUUUAAUACUUCAUUCA